GCAUCUAUCAAUGUAGAAGUUGAAAUCGACAGAUCACCACAAUGCACCGCCUGUAUGAAGGUUGUCGGAUGCGCUUUCACCUACAGAAAUGUUGAUAUUUGUACACGGAAUGCUGGACUUCUUGGUGAAUUGGCAAAUGGACCUUUCCGAGGCAUGGUAAACAAUAUGGUUGGACAAAAACUUUCACCCAAAGUAUGUGAAAUGGUUUCACAAAUGGUCAAUGAAAAAGUGAAUCCAAAGUUGGCUCAACUGCCGAGAAGAAUACCGCUUUCACAGCUGUUUUCAACAAUUACUGGCGGUGCGACUGGGUCAACAACUCCUGAGCAAUGUCAAGUUGCAAGACAACAAUGCUUCGGAAGCCAUACGGCAGUUGUUGGAACACCACUAAAACACAAGUCAUUAGGAUCUAGUAUGGUUAGAGGAAACGGAACACUGUUGAUGAACGGCAUUAAAUCAAAUAAAUCUGUUCCGAUAACCGAAGAGGCUAUGAAAAUCGAACUUCAGAAAAUCAGUCAUUUGAACGACCUUCUUAAAGACGGAAACAGCAAAAUUAAAGUUGCAGACACUCCAAAAGAAGCGCCUCGUGCUUCCGCUUUUUCUGCUUCUCAAAGAAAACAUAAACUGAAUAGCCACAAACAAGUAAUCAAUACAACUCAGGCACCGAAAAUGAAUAAAAAUGGUGCUAACAGUGAGAAAGCUCGCAUUAAGCGAGAUAAUAUGUCUCCGCGAAAGCCAGAGCAGAAAACUCGCAUUGAAUCAACAGCUAACAAGCCCGAAGCUCCAGUGGCUGGAUCAGCAUCAGUCAUGCGACAAGAUUCUUUUGCUGCUCUGUCUAAGCAAAAUUCAGAUAGUGCGAAGGCACCUCGAGUUAUUCCAAUGACUAAGCAACCAGCAGCACGACAUAAAGCAACAACUGUUAACAGCUCUAGUCGGGUUUUGAGAAACAUUACCAACGCAGGUGUUGCCCGUAGGCCUAAAGCAAAAGGCUGUCCAACAGCAUGUCUGAACCAGGUUGGCGGUGCAGUUUCUAGCGAUAAUUCAUGUGCUGGCUGUCCUGGCGUCGAUACAUAUCAAGAUCCGAUGACAGCUCUUUUGGGACUCCUCAAAGACUUUGAUGCUUCAAAAUUGUGCAACAUCUAUUUGAAUUUGGAUUUACUGGGUACGUAUGCUGGGUGUUGCGACUACUCGAUUGCUUUAAGCGGCACGUUCAGUUUCUGUAAUCAGUUACCACCAGGCCUUUGUCCGGCACCAUACAAUUUCCCACCAACAGCUAAUACCAAUGCUAUGGUUGAACUGGUUGUCAGUGAAUAUACAGUCAACUCGCUCUUCUACAACCUUUAUGCAUCUGGUGCUCUAAGUUUUGUAAUUGGACCUCAAACUCCAAAGAUAGGAGCAUUCUUAAAAACCACUUGCGGUAACCCAGAGGAAAAAUCUGGAGGCGAUUUUGAUGAUCUUCUCGUAUGCCUUGGUGACGUACUGCCAACAUUUGCUGAGCGUUUCCCAAAUGAAACAGUUGCAGCUCGAAUUUACGCUUUGAAUCCUCCAACUGUAGUCUUUUCUGGCAGAGAUGCCGCUUCAGGCUGUGCUAACCUAAAUGUAAACAUUGGAGUGGAUGUAUGUUUGUCUUCGGUAAACGUUUGUGACCCACAGUCCAAGAUCGGUACGGUUGUAAUCAGCGGUUCUCUUGGCGCUUGUACUGUGUUCCAAAAUGGCAAUAUCUAUGGUAGUGGCACAGUAGGCAAUUUGUCGAUAGUUGAUCAGGAUCAGACUUUGGGAGUGGAUCAGAAAGCAUUAGACCAAAUCUCAGUGCUUGGAAAAGAGCUGCUUGGCAAGCUUUUGAACGAUGUUUUAAGUAAAGGAAUACCACUGAAUAUACCUGCUGGAGUAUUACCAAUAAAUCUGCAAAAUACGCAAGUUACAAUGAUCGAUCAUGCAAUAUAUAUUGCAUCUGAUUUUCAGUUGACGUCAUUACCCGAAAUCUAA